AUGUCCUCCGCGGCUGCCAAAAGCCAAAGACAACAGCUGAGAAUGAAAGCGACAAAGCGGAAGACGCCUGAACUUCCAAGUUAUGUCGUCGAGGAGCAUAUAGACAAUCUACGAGCCUUCGUGAAGCUGCACAAAUCCAAGCGUGGCUCUCCAAAGAUGCCAGCUGGAAAAAUUCGUAUCUUUGCCGACUGUGCAGGACUUUCUUCGGAGACGAUUGCUUUGUCUCUGCUUGGUUUGACAUCCGAGCACAUGGAAUUCGUUGGUGGAAGCGAAAACGAUUCUGCGAAGCGUAGCAUGAUGCAAGCUGUGCAUAAAGCUUUUGACUUGAAGACUGAGAAGAAGUUGGUGGAGCAGGACAUUUUUGACAGAUCUUUGACUGAAACCAAAUCCAGCGAUGUGUACAUCGCAGGUUUUCCUUGCCCUGCCUACAGCAGCUGUGGUCGGAAGCUUGGAGCAAAGGAUGGGCAGAAGCGAGGGUUGCUUAUCUUUGAAGGCUUGAAGUACAUAGUCUAUCGGAAACCUGCACUGGUCAUCUUAGAAAAUGUCUCUGCCUUUUUGAACAAGCGCCAUGCCCGGACACACAAAGUGAUGAAGAAGUGCUUUGCAGCGCUUGGGUACAAGGUCUACGUCAAGAAGCUUUCUACCAAAGAGCAUGGAAUUCCUCAAAGUCGAAGCCGCUGUUAUUUGGUUGCCUUUCGUUGCGACCAAAGGCAGAAAGUGUCCUUCAAGUUUCCGAAGCCUCUGAAAUGCCCUCGCCUCGUGUCAUUUUUGGACAGUGCAGUCAAAGGAAAUGAGAAGCUGCCUUUGCCUACAUACGAAUCAAAGUAUGGAAGCAAAAUUUGGCAGGAAAAUUUAGUCUUAGACGUUGGUGCCAGUGCAGGUUGGCAAAGCAAACACUCUGAGCACUGUCCGUGCUUGAUUCGCACACGUUGUCUUUCCAAAGGCUACUACUUGCCAAAGCAGUUGCGACGCUUGAGCAGCAUCGAGUGUGGACGCCUUCAAGGAGUACCUGGACGCUUAGUGGAAGACCUUCAGGGCUUUCUCGUGAAGAAAGGAAAAAGUGCAGAUGCACAGGCUGCUGAAAAACAAGUCAUGGGCGCCUUAGGCGACAGUAUGAGCGUCAAUGUGCUCAUGCGCAUCCUGCUACGUGCCCUUCCUGCUGCUGGAUUGUGGCCAUCAUCGUUGAAGCGCUCAGACCCUUGGUCCUCCACAUCAACAGAUGAGCUUGGGAUUUGUGUGCUGUCCACGGUUUGCACGGAAGCAAUGGCGCCCACGAAGCACCCUUCCGCGUGGAAAUUGAACAAGGCUGAGCAAAACAGCGUGGAACAAGACCUCGCCACUUGGGAGGCAAACUUGGCCACAGAUAUUAGCGAUGAAGAAAAAAUUAGGCUGAAGGAUGAUGAACGCAAAAGGUUGGUUCGCUUGGUGCAGCAGUCCAAACACGAUGCCAGUUUACAAAAGCAAAGCGCAGCUGGUGCCAAGAACAAAGCCAAAGCAGCCAAAGCGAAUGCCAAAGACGCUGCCAAACCAGGCGCUGGAAGCGGAGCUAGGUCGUCAGGUGCUGCAUUUCCUGCUCCUGCGGACACGUCUGCUUGCAAUGGUGACUACUAUGAGCAAGUCAAGCAGGACUUAGCUGUGAUUUCGAAGAUUCUCGGCAACGACCUGAAGGAAAUCUUGCCAACGCCCAUUGCUGCGACUGUGCAUGACAAGACUGGAAUCCAGGACAGCUUCGACUUGCAGAAGGCGAAGGUUGCAUUGGAGGCACAUGGAACUUACAUUUCCAGUUGCAACCUUUACUGGCUGGACAUGUGGAAAAAUCCGGCUCCUGGCGUCCCUUUGUCGCGUGACCGCAUUGCAGGCCUUGCAAAGUUCUACUUCCCGGAUGACCGCAACAACAACUUUUUUCAAAAGCUGCUGGAAGUUCAGGUGGACGUCGGGGCCCUCACGGAAAAACCAAGCGGCUUGGUGGUCAUUUCUCCUUUGGAGAUCAUCCACGCCAUUGUGCUGAAGGCUGCAGAGGAACUGGGUCGCGAUAGCGUCACUGCUGCUUGCAGAGAAGCGUGGAAACAAGCUUUGACUGCAGUGCCAGUGACGAUGACGGCUUGCAGUGAAGCAGAUGUGUGGGUGCAUGCUUUGAACAAGCGUCAAAUGGUGGCGCAGGAGCAUGAGUCCUUGACGCGCACCGCCUGGCAAAAUGCUGCUGAGCUCUACCAUUUGCAGGCUCUCUUGGAGAAGUUGGAGAACCGCAAGCUUUCAGAAGCUGAAGUGGUUCAAGGCUUGAAAGCAAAGCAUUUGAUGACUGCGCAGAAAGGCGCAGGGCAGUCAGCCACGGAUGUCUCCAACUACGUCGAAUGGAAUUUUGUGGCUGCCAAGACCAUUUAUACAAAGCUCCAUUCUGACAAGAUCAUUGCCGAUAUUGUGACCAAGUUUGAAGUUCUCAAAGGUUCCGACAGCCCUUUCAACAGCCUGGUGAAGCUGGAAAAGUUAGCCCAAAGACCGAGCUGCAUCGCAGCCCGCCGCUUCAUUUUUCAGUUGAUGGACGACCUGCUGUGCCACGGGGUGAUCCAAGACGACGACCUGGGCAAGAAACAAAUGAUUGGCUCCUCUAACAAUGUGGGUGUCAUUCACUUGUUCGAGUUCAAAUGGCGCUGCCUCAGCUACAUCCUCGACAUCAUGUUUGUCCAGGGCAAGCUGAAGGAUUCUGACCGGAUGCUGCUCAAAGAACGGCUGUGUGACCCUCCUACAGCCCGAAGAAACACAGUUGAAAACUUGAGCUGGCAAUCGGCUUUGGCAAAGUCAUCCUUGGAAGCCUUGGAGUUUGUCCAUGACGUGGUGUACCUGAAGCAGUUUGACAACGUCAUCCGCCAAGCCAUGAAGCCCAACUCGCACCCGGAAAUCCUGCAAGAAAGCGAGCAUAUCCAGGAAGCUUGGAAGCGAGUCACCAACGCACGAGAGAACGAAUUGGCAGAAGAGAAGGUCCAGCUGCAGAAAGAAAGCAAAAGCGAAGAGGAAGAAGAUGGCCCCGACACUGGCAGCCAUGACAACUUGCUCCAGCUUGCUCGGAAGACCCCCAACACCUUGCCACAAGGCUCACCCCAGUACUGGCGAGCCAUUGCCAACCAAACAGUCCGAAUGUAUUGCAGUUUCCUCACGGAGGGCAGCACUCCAGCAGGCGUUGUUUCCAGCAUUGAGCAACUCAACCUGCCGAGUGGCGAAGUUGGAAAGUCUGCCAUCCUGGUGCACAUGGAUACAAGCUUGCUGGGUGAAACCACUGGCCCCUCUUGCCAAGAAGGUUUGAGAAAGAAUUGGCGACCGGACGAGGCCUUACUCCAAAAGCUGCUUGGCUCUGCUUUGACUGCCCUAGGAGCCCAACAAGACAAGAACGGCAAGUGCACCACACCUGGCGAAGGAGUACUGGCUGCUGUCAUCGAUCCUCUGAAUGUGGUGCCUAAGGGAUUCCUGAAAGACAGCACUGCGCAGACUGUCUGGUUGUGCUUCAACGAGGAAAGCAUUCGUGGCAGAAAGAAGAAAGUGAGGGGUCACUCCUACACACAGAGGUUGGAACUGACCCUCUACUCCGACAAAGGCCUGGGAGUAAUUCUUCCUGAGAAGCCUCGCCAGAUUUACAGUGGAACUUCGUCUGGAGACAUCAUUGGCUUCGUGACUGCCAUGCCCAUCAGCCAGAUGUGGAAGAUGAGCAGGAAAGAGAAAGUGGAGAUCCUCGGUCAGAAGCGCACCAUUCUUUUGACCCAAGACCAAGGUGGGAAUCAGGAUCCGUCGGCAGAAGAAAGUGUCUUCAGUUCUUGCGUUUGCCCUACUGAGCUCUACCAGGAAAUGCUGCACAGCUACUGUGCGACUUGCGUGCUAGAUGUUUCUCCGGGCCAAGGUGAAUUUCUCAAAGCCUCCUUAGCUUCGCGAACCAAAGCCAUCGCAAUUUGCGGCACGGAGGUUCAUGGAUCCCGCCUGGAGUUGCUUCUGACGGAGUACAUCCUCAGUGAGCUCUCUCGUGAAGGCAGCACCUUUUAUCGACCUGAAUCCGUGGCCAAGGAUGAAGACGAGACAAAGAAGGAGAACAAGAUCGACGAAGCAGGGUCCAAAAAGAGGACCAAGAACGCGGCAAAGCCAAACCCUGUGGAGAAGAAGCGUCGCAAGAACAAAGACGAGGAGAACCUCGAGGAGACCAAGGACGAGGAGACCGAAGUCAAAAAGACGACCAACAAGAAGGCCAAGAAGAACAAGCAGGAAGAUGAGCAACAGGACGGAGAGGUGCAACCAGCCGCAGCAGCGAUGGAACCCAUGGCAAAAGUCAAGCUCUACGGAGAACUUGCUGAGAUUGGUGCAUUGGCGCUCCAACUCGUUUGCAUUGCCGAUGACUUGGAUGACAAGUUUGACGAAGACCCUGGGCUGCUGGAGAAGAUGAGCGUGAGCCGCGAAGACGUGGGCAGGGCAUUCGCACCGCUCGAGUCAACACGGCGGCUUCGAGCCGACUGUCAUGAGCGGCGGCUUUGUGCCGACUGCCACGGCGGCUUUGUGCCGACUGCCACGGCGGCCCUGAGCCGACUGGUGGUGAUGCUGCUGAAUGGUGGCGUCAGUACGCCCAACCCGCACUUGACCGCGCUGAAUCCGCAUCUGGAUGUGGUCGCCUAUCCGGUGAUGUUCACCAAUGAGCUCACCUGUUCGGCGCGGCGCGCCAUGUGCGCCGGGGUGUCGUCCUUCGGCUUCGGAGGGACCAACAGCCGUGCGGAUCUCUGGGCGGAUGUGGAGAAGGGGCCCUUCAAGGCCCCGGUGGGAGGGGUGGGUCCGCUUGAGACAUCUCGAGAUGGGUUCAUUGAUGUUUGGUAA